AGUGUAAAUGAGUUGCUGCAACAUUUUCUAAAUAGAGCUAUGACAAGUUCUAACGAUUCCGGCAUUCAAGAAUUAUUAGAUAAACUAGAAGAUGAUGAUUUAUUUGCUCUAGCUAAAACUGUUACACAAGGCCUUUUGAAGAUAUAUUCUAGAGAUGAUGCUUCAAAAGUCAUAUUAAAAUAUUCUCCAGAUGAAAUAAGCAUUUUAAGGAGAAAAGUAGUGACAAGAGAAAUACUGUUUUCAUAUCUCGAUGAAAAAAAUAUUCCAGUUAAACUUCCAACUACAAAAAAUGACCUUAUUGAUCAAAUAAUCAAGUUGUGGAAUAUUUAUGAUGAUAGCCAUAACCAAGCUGUUUCAAAUUUAGCCCCACAGCAGAUAAGCAACAAGGAAGUACAAGAAGUUAACAGUAUUAGUUUACUAGCAGAACAAUUUACCAAAUGGUUUUAUUCAUUAAUGAAUACAGAUGAAAUUAUAGGAUCCGAGCAUUUUUAUCAAGAUGCAAAAUUAACAAUAAACAUGUAUUCAGAUGAUGAUUGUGAUACUACGGUAAUUGAAAAUAAUCCCGAGGAAAUUGUACAAGCUCUGUUUCAAUUAAAAUCGCAGCACAAUUUAUUUUUUAAUCCAAAUGUAUCAACCGAGGGUAUCCAAGGACGGAUGGAUCCACACGGUUUAGUACUAGUUUUAGCUUGCGGAACUCUACACAUUCAAGAAGUAUGUGCGGGACUAUUUGAACAAGUUUUUGCCUUAGCUAGAGACCCAUUUUGUGACAACAAUUGGAAGAUAAAAAGUUCUGAAUUAAAUGUAAGGAGUAAAAGUGACGUUAUAGGCCCGCCUACGUUGAGUGACAGUGGACUAACUUCGAAUUUGUUAAUGUUGCCUUCAAGCUAAUAUACAUUUGGUUCAUACACUC